AGUGUUUGUUGGCGGGGAGGAAGGGAAAGGAGAAUGUUAGCCGCUUUGAGACUCCUUCGGGUAGUGAUAAAGCGGGAUAUCAAAUCCAAACUCUUCUUCUUCUUCACUGUGAGAACAAGAGGCUGCACUAAAUGGAUCUUUGUCUUGACCCAGCAGCCAGGCUCUUCUUAGUUGUAGAGGACAGGCCACUGGGAGGGAUCUUCUGAGUCUCAACCAGAACAAAUACUUCAAGGAAACUCGCCAACAAGUCUCAUUUUUCUCUGGGUCUUAGCAUUUAACUGCCUUUACUUCUGGGGGAUGUCCUGGUUGAUAUUCAGACUCAUCUACAUUUCCAGGGGAAAUCUUCCUCUCCAGAAAGGUAUAAUUCACUCACCAAACCAUUUGUUCAUUUUGCAGGACUUGGUAGAACCUCCAUUUUGGACAGCCUCUAGCAGAACAGGGAGAGGUCUUUUGGGCCCAGUCAGAGACUUCCUUAGAAUAGAGAUCAAGGAUGGAAAAGGAAGAUUCAGCUGCCCACGAAGCAGGAAGAAGUCCUUGUACAAACCAGGCUGGCAGCCCCAGGGAAUUCUGGGAAAGAACAGUGCAGAAGGUCCUGGGGAAGGAGGACACGCUCGGCUCAGAUGUGCAGCGCCAGCGUUUCAGACAGUUCUGCCACCAAGAGGCCAAAGGGCCCCGAGAGGUUUGCAGCCAACUCCACCAUCUCUGCUGUCAGUGGUUGAAACCAGAGCAACACACAAAGAAUCAGAUCCUGGACCUGGUGAUUCUGGAGCAGUUCCUGACCAUCCUCCCAGAAGAAAUUGAGAGCUGGGUAAGGGAAUGUGGAGCAGAGACCUGUUGCCAGGCAGUGGCCCUGGCCGAAGGUUUCCUCCUGAGCCAGGCCAACGACAAGAAGCAGGCAGAGCAUCAGGUAAAGGGUCCAUUUGCAGAAGUGUCUGAAGAUUUCUCUGCACCGGAGAAGGUUCUGUCAGAGACCAAACACAAUCUCUUGCAAAGGGAUAAUGUUCAGGAAAUAGACAGACAUGCCACCUCACUGGGUGAUGAAAUGAGGCUGGCAAGACCUCCUCGGGCUUCUCCUUUUUGCGAUGGUCAAGAAGCAGCUACUGUGGAACUGGAUCAGGGUCUAGGGUUGUUUGAGGAGUUUUCUGUGUAUUUUACCGAGGAGGAGUGGGAUCUGCUGAAUCCUGACCAGAAAGCUCUGUAUAAAGAAGUCAUGGAGGAGAACUGUUACAGAACCCAUUACAAAAUCCACACAGGAAAGAAACCAUACAAAUGUUUAGAGUGUGGAAAGAGCUUUUGUCAAAGUUCGGACCUCAUUACCCAUAAAAGGAUCCAUGUAGGGGUGAAACCAUUUAAAUGCUUGGGAUGUGGAAAGGGCUUCUGUCAGAAGACACUUCUCGCUACCCAUCAAAGAGUUCACACACAGGAGAAACCGCAUAAAUGCUUGGAUUGUGGAAAGGACUUUCGAUACAGUUCUGCCCUUAUUACUCAUCAAAGGAUCCACACAGGCAAAAAACCGUAUAAAUGCUUGGAAUGCGGAAAGAGCUUCUGUCAGAAGAUAAGUCUCAUUUCUCAUCAAAGAAUUCACACAAGGGAAAGACCACAUAAAUGCUUGAAAUGUGGAAAGAGCUUUCGUCACAGUUCGGCCCUAACUACCCAUCAAAGGAUCCAUACAGGGGAGAAACCAUAUAAAUGCUUGGAAUGUGGAAAGACCUUUCGACACAGUUCUGCCCUAACUACCCAUCAAAGGACACACACAGGGAAGAAACCAUAUAAAUGCUUGGAAUGUGGAAAGGACUUUUGUCAGAAAAUAAAUCUCACUAGUCAUCAAAGAAUUCACACAGGAGAAAAGCCAUUUAAAUGUUUGGAGUGUGGAAAGAGCUUCGGUCAGAGGGCUUACCUUACUUUCCAUCAGAGAAUCCACAAGGGGGAGAAACCACAUAAAUGCUUGGAGUGUGGAAAAAGCUUCAUGCAGAAGAGAAGGCUCACUUCCCAUCAGAGAAUUCAUACGGGGGAGAAACCGCAUAAAUGCCCAGAAUGUGGAAAGAGUUUCUGUCAGAAAGCAGAUCUCACUAUUCACCAAAGAAUUCACACGGGGGAGAAGCUACACAAAUGCCUGGAGUGUGGAAAGAGCUUCUUACGAAAGACCCAUCUCACUACUCAUCAGAGAAUUCACACUGGGGAGAAACCGCACACAUGCUUGGAGUGUGGAAAGGGCUUCAGUCAGAAAGCGCAUCUCACUACUCACCGAAGAAGUCACACGGGGGAGAAGCCACACAAAUGCUUGGAGUGUGGAAAGUGCUUCACAGAGAAAAGAGCUCUUACUUCUCAUCAAAAAAUCCACACGGGGGAAAAGCCACAUAAAACUUUCAAGCGUGGAAAGGUCUUUCCUCACAGUUGCGACCUUAUUACUAGGCCUACCCAAGGCAGAACGGCUGGCAGUAGCAACGGCUGCAGCAACACAGGCCAGACUGAUUUGCCCCCAGUCGUAUUAGUCCAUCUUCCUCCUAGUACUGCUUGUGUUGGGCAACAUCAGCCACCUAUCCCGAUUCCUAACUUUCCUGAAUCUUCUGGUCGCGGGGACAAGCCUUCUCCUACUGCCGGGGUCUUGUUUGAGGAGGCAGGAGGCCCUGGCAGCAGCAGUCUUGCAGAGUUGUCCACUUUAGUGAGUGAAGGGAGAGAGCCCAGCCCCAGCUUAUCUGAGGAAGUGUCUGUAUUAGAUGCCCUCAGAUUGAUUGAAGGUGAAGAUCUGUUCCACUCCUCUUCCCUAGACAGAAGUGCUUUCUGGAGCCCUGUGGAGCAGGAGCAGCAGGAACACACCCCACCAGUGACGCAAGGGGGUGCCUCCCACGGUUCCCCCACUGCUCCUGGGGUGGCGCUGACCCCCCAGACCGAAGGCAGCCAGCCUGAUUCACCACAGAAGCGGCAGAGCAUCGUGUGGGACCACUUUGAGGUGGGAGUGGAUCCCAGCACCGCCGUCUGCAGCCACUGCAGGCGGGUCAUGAGCAGGGGCAGAGACGCAGCACAUUAUAGUACCAGCAGCCUGCGCUUGCACCUGCAGAGGCAGCACCCGUCCAUCGUGCUAGGAGCACAGGAAGCCAAGUCCCAGCCGUCGGGGAGCAAGGGCAAAUGGGUGGCAACCUCGUGCCAGGAAGGAGGUGGAGCUUCCGCUUCCUGUCCCGGGCCUGUCCUUCCUUCCUGUGGGACGACGUGGAGGGGCAUCUCCCUUCCUCUUCUUCCUUGCGGAGGAGCUUCUCCCGUUCUUUCUCCGCCGGGGAGGCUGCCUCUCCUGUCGCCUCCAGGUCAGAUGCGGGGAAGGAGAGACGGAGGAAGGAGGAGGAGGAGGAAUGGAUUGGUGAGCUUUGAUGAGGUGUCUGUGCAUUUCACCAACGAGGAAUGGGCCUUGCUGGAUCCGGGCCAGAGAGCUCUGUACGAGGAAGUCAUGGAGGAGAUUCGUGAGAUGAUGACAUCUGUGGGAGAUGUUUCGGAGUUCCUGACUGAAGGAGAACAAUCAGAACCGUCACGUGAAGGAGCUGAGGAGCAGAAGGAGCAACGGAAACAGCGGGUUCAAGUUGGAACCUACAGAAAGGAGGGGACCCAAAUGCAGAAGGUGGGGAGGGAAUCCACUGCUUCUCAGGUUAAUGAAAAUCAGAUUUGCAGAGAGAAGCAUGAAUGUACUGUGUGUGGAAAGAGCUUUCCUUAUCACUCAACGCUUACUUCACAUCAAAGAGUGCACUCGGAUGAAAAACCAUAUAAAUGCUGGGAGUGUGGAAAAAGUUUUAGGCAGAGUAGUAACCUUACUUCACAUCAAAGAACUCAUAAAGGGAGGAAACCUCAUCAGUGCUUUGAGUGCGGAAAGAGCUUCAAUCAGAGUAGCUCCCUUAGUAGGCACCACACAAUCCACACAGGGGACAAACCGUAUGAAUGCUUGAAGUGUGGAAAGUGUUUCCGUCAGAGGAGCAGCCUCACUAGACAUGAAAGAACUUAUACAGGGGACAAACUGUGUGAAUGCUUGAUGUAUGGAAAGAGCUUCCAUCAUGGGAGCAUCCUCACUAGACAUAAAAGAACUCACGCAGGUGAAAAACCUCACAAAUGUUUGGACUGUGGGGAGGGCUUCAGGCACAAAGGCACCCUCACAAAGCAUCAAAGAAUUCAUACAGGGGACAAACCUUAUGAGUGCUUGGAGUGUGGAAAGAGCUUCACUCGCAAAGACUCCCUUACUUUGCAUCAGAGAAGUCACACAGGAGAAAAGCCUUAUAAAUGCUGGGAGUGUGACAAGAGCUUCCGUGAGAGUGGCGCCCUUACUCGGCAUCGAAGAACUCAUACAGGGGAAAAGCCUUAUACAUGUUUUGAAUGUGGAAAGAGCUUCAGUCAGAGUUGUCACCUUACUGAUCAUCAAAGAACUCAUACGGAGGAGAAACCUCAUGGAUCAGUGAGCUUUGAGGGGGUGUCCUUGCAUUUCACCGAUGACGAAUGCUCCCUGCUGGAUCCAGGAGAUGUGCCUCAUGAAAGAGCGGAGGAGCAUAAUGCGCAACGGAAACAGCGGGUUCAAGUUGGAACCUACAGAAAGGAGGGGACCCAAAUGCAGAAGGUGGGGAGGGAAUCCACCGCUUCUCAGGUUAAUGAAAAUCAGAUUUGCAGAGAGAAGCAUGAAUGUACUGUGUGUGGAAAGAGCUUUCCUUAUCACUCAACGCUUACUUCACAUCAAAUAGUGCACUCGGGUGAAAAACCAUAUAAAUGCUGGGAGUGUGGAAAAAGUUUUAGUCAGAGUGGCUCUCGUAAUUUGCAUCAAAGAACCCAUACAGGGCAGAAACCUCAUCAGUGCUUUGAGUGCGGAAAGAGCUUCAGAAAAAGUAGCUCCCUUAAUAUGCAUCAUACAACCCACACAGGGGACAAACCAAAUUACAAAUGUUUGGACUGUGGGAAGAGCUUCAGGUCCCGUGACUCCAUCAUGAAGCAUCAAAGAAUUCAUGCAGGUGAAAAACCAUACAAAUGUUUGGACUGUGGGGAGAGCUUCAGGCACAGUGACUCCCUCACGAAGCAUCAAAGAAUUCAUACCGGGGAGAAACCUUAUGAGUGUUUGGAGUGUGGAAAGAGCUUCAGUCGCAAAGACUCCCUUACUUUGCAUGAAAGAAGUCACACAGGAGAAAAACCUUAUAAAUGUUUGGAAUGUGACAAGAGCUUCAUUCGUAGUAGCCACCUCUCAAGACAUAAAAGAACUCACACAGGGGAUAAACCUUAUAGAUGCUGGGAGUGCGGAAAGAGUUUUAGUCAGAGUGGUCACUUUACUUUGCAUCAAAGAACUCAUACAGGUGAGAAACCUCAUCAAUGCUUUCAGUGCGGAAAGAGCUUCAGUAACAGUAGCUCCCUUACUUCGCAUGAAGGAAUUCAUACAGGGGACAAACCUCAUAAAUGCUGGGAGUGUGGAAAGAGCUUCCGUCAGAGUGGUGGUCUUACUUUGCAUCAAAGAACUCAUACAGACACUGCAAUGGCAUCAGACCAACAUUGUGGAUUCUCCCUACAUUACUCUGGAGAAGAAGUGGCCACCAUGCAUCCAGCUAAGGGAUCAAUGAGCUUUGAGGGGGUGUCCUUGCAUUUCACUGACGAGGAAUGGUCCCUGCUGGAUCCAGGCCAAAGAGCGCUGUACAAGGAAGUCAUGAUGGAGAUUUAUGAGAUGGUAGCUUCUGUGGGAGAUGUUUGGAGGAUCCUGGCUGAGGGGGACCCAUCUGAAGGGCCACCUGAAAGAGCUGAGGAGCAACAGAAGUUAAGGAUUCAAGAUGGAACCAACAGACAAGUGGGCAGACGAACGCAGAAGGCGGGGAGGGAACCCACUGCUUCUCAGGUUAACGAAAAUCAGAUACCACACACAGGGGACAAACCUAAAGAAUGUUUGGAGGGUGGAAAGAACUUCAGUGACAGAGCCUACCUUAUUUUUCAUAAAAGAGGUCAUACAGCAGAAAAACCAUAUAAAUGCUGGGAGUGUGGAAAAAGCUUCAGUCGGAAAGAACACCUUACUCUGCAUCAAAGAAUUCAUACAGGCGAGAAACCUCAUAAAUGCAGGGAGUGUGGAAAGAGCUUCAGGCACAAUGACUCCCUCACUAGGCAUCAAAGAAUUCAUACUGGGGAGAAACCUUAUAAAUGUUUGGAAUGUGGAAAGAGCUUUAUUCAGUGUAGCGUGCUCACAAGACAUAAAAGAACUCAUACAGGGGAUAAACCUUAUAGAUGCUGGGAGUGUGGAAAGUGCUUUAGUGACAAUGGCACCCUUACUCGCCAUCAAAGAACUCACACAGGGGACAAACCUUAUAGAUGUUUGGAGUGCGGAAAGAACUUCAGUCGCAUAAAGUCCCUUACUUUUCAUAAAAGAAGGCAUGCAGGGAUAAAACCUUAUGAAUGCUCAGAAUGUGGAAAGAGCUUUAGUGUGCGUAGCCAGCUCAAAAGACACAUGAGAAUUCAUACAGGGGAGAAACCUUAUAAAUGUUUGGAGUGUGGAAAGAGUUUCAGCCGGAGUGGCCACCUUUUGCAACAUCGAGGAACUCAUACAGGGGAAAAACCUUAUAAAUGCUUGGCGUGUGACAAAUGUUUCAGUCAGAGCGUUCACCUUACUCAGCAUCUAAAAACUCAUACAGGGGAAAAACCUUAUAAGUGUUCAGAGUGUGCAAAGAGUUUCAGUCAGAAUAGUCACCUCACCAUACAUAAAAGAACACAUACAGGGGAGAAACCUUAUAGAUGUUUGGAGUGCGGAAAGAGCUUCACAGUCAGUUCGUCCCUUUCUAAGCAUCAAAGAAUUCAUACAGGGGAGAAACCUUAUGAAUGUUUGGUGUGUGGAAAGAACUUCAGUCGCCUAGAUUCCCUUACUUUUCACAAAAAAAGGCAUACAGGGGAGAAACCUUAUAAAUGUUGGGAGUGUGGAAAGAACUUCAGUGGCUCCCUUACUCAGCAUCUAAGAACUCAUACAGGGGAAAAACCUUAUAAAUGUUCGGAGUGUGACAAGAGUUUUAGCCAGAGUGGUCACCUUACCCAACACCUGAGAACUCAUACUGGGGAGAAACCUUAUAAGUGCUCGGUGUGUGAAAAGAGCUUCAGUGGCUCCCUUACUCAGCAUCUAAGAACUCAUACAGGGGAAAAACCUUAUAAAUGUUUGAAGUGUGAGAAGAGUUUUAGUCAGAGUGGUCACCUUACUCAACAUCUGAGAACUCAUACCGGGGAGAAACCUUACAAUUGCUUGGAGUGUGGCAAGAACUUCACCUACAGAUAUUCCCUUAACUCACAUCAAAUAAUCCAUAGAAGUGAAAUAUCUUAAGUUUGGAAGGUAGAAAAAUAUCCAGUGAUCUCAAGAGCUCCUAAGAGAGCAAACCAAAGAUUCUGCUCAGUUUUGGAAUCCUCUUCCUUAUCUCCAGCUUUUACAAUAAACUACAGUAGACCUUUGGAGCCCAGUAUGCCUUCCAUUUUAGAGGAGAAAAGGUUUUUGCUUUCAACCUGUUUUUUCAGUAUGGAAGCAGUUUGUGGGCAUUCUUCUGUAAGCCAGCGUGAGGAACGGGCAGGAGUUUGAGUGGUGGGUAGGAUGGGUAGUGGAAGAUUUAUAGUGAGGUUCAGUGCCACCCAUGAGGCAAGAGGUGGUCGUAGAGGAAGAAGAAGAGUUUGGAUAUCCCGCUUUAUCACUACCCUAAGGAGUCUUAAUCUCCUUUCCCUUCCUCCCCCACAACAAACACUCUGUGAGGUGAGUGAGGCUGAGAGAUUUCAGAGAAGUGUGACUGGCCCAAGGUCACCCAGCAGCUGCACAUGGAGGACUGGGGAAGCGAACCCUGUCCACCAGAUUACGAGUCCACCACUCUUAAUCACACUGGCUGAAGGCAGGGGAGGGGUUGCAGUUUCUGAAGUGGAAGAGGUCCCAGAAAGAGUCCUGCCAUUGGACUCUCCUCCAUCCCUUCACCCACUGUCUCCACUGACAAGAGGGGCAUAAAGCAACAGCAACAAGGGCCGCCUCUUUCCAUUAGCACUUACCUGGACCCUGAGGUUAUCUUCUGAGGCCCUUCUUAAAGUGCCGUCUCCAUGAAAGGCCUGGAGUGUGGCAACGGGCCUUUUCUGCGGUGGCUCCCCAUCUGUGGAAUAUUUUCCUCAGGGAGGUUCACCUGGCACCUAGGCACUUGGCAAAACCCUUUCUCCUUAACCAGGUUUCUGGCUGAUUGACAUCUAAUGCCCUUUUAGAAUGUGGGUUUUGGGGGGGGGGUGUUGUUUUUAUUAUGAUUAUAUAUUUUGUGUUGUUGUGAUUAUAUCCUGUGAACCACCCUGAGUUCCUCCCGGGGCUGGAUAGGGGUUCAUUUAACCUUCCGUUUGCUAGUAAAACUGAAUUACUUUGUCGCGAAAUGACACAUGUCUAGAAAUGGUUUCACCAACAUGAAAAGUUUGGAAAACUCUGUGUUAGUAGAAGACCCUGAAGUCUCUUGUGAGCCUGUACAUUGGUAUACGGUGGCCCCUGUUAGUCCACCAUAUUUUUUCUUUUAACAUUAGCAGAAGUGUUAAUUAUAUCCCUUGCUGAUGUAACCGAGUGCUUUGCCAAUAAAGAACUGAACUUCCUAUUGUUUGUCCACGUUGGGCUGGGGCUCUGGAUUAUGAACAGAAAUUUAGUUAAUUAAUUAAUAAACAGCUUGGAAGAGAGCUUGCUUUUGAAUCUUGUAUGUAUAAAAUUUUAUUGUUCCAUAUUUUUGCUUAGUUCCAGGUGGGGUGACUACUUCCCCAUUUCAGUUUUCAAGCCUUUUUUAUCUGCAUCUUACCUAUAGGCUCUGAUAUUUAUCUCUCAUCUCUUCUGAAAUUACAAAAUAAUAAUAAAAUAGAUUGAUUCCUUGUAGCGGCUAUGCUGCAGAUUGUUCUUCUGAGUAAAAUUUACAUAUCCAUGUUCUAA